AUGAAGGACGCUAUGGUACAAAAUGACAGUGUCAGUGAGCGCUACAUUUACAGCUUCUACUGGGUCGUUGCCACAGUGUGUGGAGUGGGCUACGGAGACAUCCACGCAACCAAUAAAAGCGAGAGACUCUUCUCAAUGGCCGUCUCAAUUGUCGGCGCAAGCGGAUUUGGCUUGAUCAUUGGUAGCCUGACCAAAAUUCUCGAGAAUUGGCACCGUGAAACAACGACACGAGCGCGGAAGCUCAGCAUGGUGCAAGCUUUCAUUCACAAGAAGCGCCUCCCUCGGGCUCUAAAGGUUCGACUCAUGCGA